AUGAAGUGCAUUGAGAAGGAGAAAAAAGCUCUGCUGGUGUUAAAAGAUGGUGUUUUAGGUGCACACAGACACUAUGGUCUUCAUUCAUGGAAAAAGGAAGAAGAAGAUUGUUGUUUAUGGAAAGGUGUUGGUUGUGAUAAUCACACUUGUCAUGUAACUCGCCUUCAUCUUUCUUCUCUUAUCGCACCAUCUUACGUAAACACAACCAGUGUCGGUAUCAGUCGUUCUUUGCUUGAUUUACCAUAUCUUAGCUACUUGGACCUCAGUCGUAAUUUCCUUGGUGGAACGACGAUUCCCAGAUCCAUUGGUUCUCUUACAAAUUUAGUUCACCUUGAUUUGUCAGUUUCUCAUAUAUGGGGAUCGAUUUCUGACCAUAUUGGCAACCUCUCCAACUUGCAAUAUCUGAAUCUGAGCUUUAAUGAUGUUGAUGGUCCUAUCCCAAAAUUUAUUGGCUCACUUCACAACUUAAGAUACCUCGAUCUUUCACAGAGUUACUUUUCAGGAGCUAUUCCUCAUGAGCUUGGAAAUCUCACUAAAUUGGAGCAUCUUGAUCUUGCUAAUAGUGAUCUAAGUGGCGGUGAGAACUUUAAAUGGUUGUACAAUCUAUCUUCUUUGACACACCUUGACCUAAGUGGUAUCAGCUUUGCUGCUCCCAGUACGUGGGCAGACAUCUUGUGCUCAUUUGCUUUGGUGGAGUUUGAGGAGAUCAGUGUUGUCACAAAUGCUAAGGUCCAGUAUCUUUUUAUGGACGGGCAUGUGAAGUCCAGUGUCAAUAGCAAUUUAUAUAAUCUUCAUGCACUGGUUCUGAAAGACAAUAAGUUCAAUGAUGAAGUGCCCAAAUCUUUGAGAUACUGCAGCAGUCUUCGCUUUGUAGAUAAGCUAUCAGGAAAUGCACUGUCAUGGAUUGGGGAAGAGCUACGAGAGCUUGGACAAAAUGGACCUGAACCUGCAGCAGAGGUUGAAAUACUGGUUCUUAAGGUUGAUUAUGCUGGCCAUCAAGUGUUCAACAGAAAUCUUAGUAAAACGGAAGGAAAGACAUCUGUAUUUCAAGGUACUACGACACUGAAGCUAAAAGAAGGCAUCAGCAGCAUUGAUUAUCUUUCUGUCACACAGAAUUCAGGCUGUUCAAGAAUUUCAAAGUUGUGCCUUGGGGCAAGAGCUGUGAAUAGAUUUCCAGGAACUACAGUAGAGCCAGCGAAGACAUAA